CUUAAACCCAGAUGGGCUGCGUAUCCUCCAAGAUCGCCAGAAAGGAACUCAAACGAGAACGCCAGUUCGAAAUCAGUUCCACCCAUGUCGUCUCCCUCACUUCAAGCACCUAUGGUCUCCUCCAGCUCGACGACGGAGCUGCUGAUCAGCCGCCGCCGGAGCCGCCGCAGUGCAUCAAGAAAUGCGUUUCGGUCGAGAUGAAGAAAUCCCCUUCUCCGCCGCAGAAGGGGGAUCAAGCGGAGGUGAUCAAUGCUUGGGAGCUCAUGGAGGAUCUUGAUGAAACAGAGGCCCCCUGUUCUAUUAAAUCCAGGAAAAGCCCCAAAUCCCGAGUUUUUCUCGAUUACAGAAGAAGCCCUUUGAAACUCUUCAAUCAAAAGAGCGUUUUAUCUCCAAGGAGGUUCAGAAUAUUUGGAGGAGCCGGAAAGGAGAACAAUGGCGUUCCUGCCGCUUCUCCAGGAAAACUCAGCGGGAAAAUAACAGUGCCCAGCCCGAAAACGACAAUGCCUCAGAAAAUGUACAACAAAUUGUAUGAUAAUGAGAGAAUUUCCCACAAGGGAAAUAGUCCAGAUUCUUCCCCAAUCCCACCGCGGGCAGCACUAACCCCAACACCACCAGCAGUGAGGAGCUUGUUUGCAGCUGCGGGAUUAUCAACAGAAGAGGCAGAACAGUGGAAACAGAAAUCCUCUGUUUCAACAAAAGCUUCCAUUGAAGUAGACAAAGUCAUCCAAAAGUUCCCGAAGAUUUGCCCGCCGGGCGGGGGAGAUGCUGUGGUUGUUUACACCACCACACUAAGAGGCAUCAGAAAGACAUUUGAGGAUUGCAACACGGCCAGAUCCAUCCUCCAGUCCCAUCAGGUUCGGACAUUAGAACGGGACGUGUCGAUGCAUUCCGGGUUCAAGGAGGAGCUGAGAUCACUGAUGGGGACAACUGAGGUGAAGGUGCCCUUAGUUUUUGUGAAGGGGAGGUUGAUCGGUGGGGCGGAUGAGAUUUCCAGGCUGGAGGAGGAGGGCACAUUGGGAACUUUACUCGCCGGGAUCCCGAGGGCCGCCACAGGCGGUUGUGGCGGUUGCGGAGGUGUGAGGUUCUUGUGCUGCUGGGAAUGCAGUGGCAGCUGUAAGGUGUUGGGAGAUGAUGGGAAAAGCAGUGUCAAGUGUGGGGAGUGUAAUGAGAAUGGUUUGAUUCAAUGUCCCAUUUGUUGUUAAUUAAUUAUUUAAUUAACUAAUUAUCAUACAAGUUAGUAGCAAUUUGGAUUUGUUUAAUUUAAAAGUACUGGAUUCUUUCUUAGAAAAGAGCAAGUUUUGUUGCUCUGCUCUAUGGAUUUGUAUUUCUUAGGCUAACUUAUAUUAUCACACGUCUGUCCAGAUUAUAUUUAUCUGUUAGAAACUUAUUUUGAGAGGAUUUCGUUCGUACUUUUUAGUGUAUAUAAUGUCAGAAGACUCAGAACAAUGGGAUUAUUGCAUCUUUG